AUGACAAUAAUUCACAAAAUUAUAUUGACCACAUGUACGGAAACGGUAGUCCAAAAACAUUACCCUGACACCGUCGAAUGGCAUAAAAAAUCUGCCUCGAGUGACAAUGAUUAUGCUCAAUGUAACAAAACAAUGUUCUAUUACUUUGGUUACAGGGUCGAGAAUAAGAUUUUAAAAACUCCUUCGAUAUGGCGUAAAAAGGAUUAUAUCAAAGUUUUCGACUAUUUUUAUAAGGACGUAGAUUUGAAUAAUAAAGGCUCCUGCAAUAGCAUAAUCAACACUUACGAACUUGCUUAUGGCGUCGAAUUAAAAAACAAUCACGCUGGCUCAGAUCAUUUAGAAGAGACAAAAGUUCUGUUUUAUGCUAAUGAUAUCACUGAGAGCACUAAGACGAUCAGAUUCAAACCCCAAAAUAUUUCUUUCGUGUUGAUAAUCAAGGUACAUAAUGAGUUGUGUCCGUCAACGUCAAUGGUGAGGACAUUGCAAUAUACCGCAUAUGAUGUUCCUGUUCAAACAAAAACCUGGUUUUAA